UGAGAAAAUCUCGUUGACUGCAUCCCAUAAAAUAAAAAUAAAAUUGAAAACCAAACAACAAACGAAGGUCGCAAGAAUAAGAACAAGAACAAGACCAACAUUUUGGAGCCGCUUCAUUCUCCUCCAACUAACUACUAAUCAGAACUGUUCUCACAGAUCCUCCUUUUUUCCCUUUCUUUUCUGCGUUUAAUUCGCCACCCACCCGCAAAGCGUUAACCAUUUUUGUUCAUUGCAACUGAGAUUUCCUCAGUUAGGGUUUUAUUCAUCGGCUUCAUUCAUUUUAUCAAUUUUUUUUAAAAAUAAUUAUUGUCAUUAUUAUUCCAAAUUCGAAGCGAACCAUAGUUAUUCAUGGCGUCGAGUUUUGACCGGUGGGAAAAAGAUCCUUUCUUUAACGCUGCCGAAGAAGUUCAGGAAUCUGCGGAUAGGAUGGAAUCUACGUAUAGGACAUGGAUACACGCAACAAAAGAUGCAUCUAGCAUGUGGAACUCUGAUGAAUUGUGCAGAGAUCUACGUACUGCACUUGGCACUGCCAAAUGGCAGUUAGAGGAAUUUGAACGGGCGGUGAAGUCAAGUUAUAGCAAAAGCUCAAGCGAGGAAGCGAGAAAUAGGCACCGAGAUUUUAUCACUGCCAUUGAGGAUAAGAUAAUGAAAGUUGAGCAUUUGUUGAAUGGAUCAGUUGUUCCAGGAGACAAGGCAUCUCUGCCUUGGUUGCGUUUAGAUGAAGGAGAACAGAAUGAGCUUGCUUUGUUUCUUUCAGGAACGCCAGCAUCUGGAAGUAAUGAUCCCACUUGGUCUAACUUAAGGGACAUUGAAGAUCCACUAUUAAGUGAUGUAGCUUUGGCCAGUAAUUGUUCAAAGGAUUUUCAUGUUUCAUCUGGAUGGGGUGAACCAAAGGAGGAGAUGUCAAAUGGGCAUCGCCGGACAGCCAGUGCUAGCGCUGGUAUUGGUUUUUGGAAAAUUUCGGUUCAUGAUGAUGCACAGCAGUGGAGUUCCUCCAGCGGUUCUUCUGGUCCAAUGCAUAAGAUACCCAGUUUAUCAGGUUUUCUCAGUUCUGUGGAAUCUGUCCCCAAGUUGAAGUGGCCUAGGAAUGGUUAUAGAAAGCUCAAAGCAGCAGAUCAUCGUGAAGAAGCUGACACUGCACUACUUCCAACAGCUGAACUGAAUAGGGGAAACAAUGCACGCUGUGAAAGAAGUAAAAGUGGCCUUGAUAGUUCUGAUGAAUGCUAUGACAAGCAACUCUAUGGAUGGUAUGGUGCUAUCCGGAGACAGCUUCAAAGAUCUCAAUACCAAAUGCAAUACAGGCAGCCUGUUCGAAUAGCUGUUUCGAUUGUUGUUCUCCUUUCUUUUAUUGGUAAGCUGAUAGCUGUUUCGAUUGUUGUUCUCCUUUCUUUUAUUGCAUUAAUCGCAUUUCACGCAAUGUAGAAGGAAGAUAUAGAUACACGAUCUAUCAAUUUGUAGCUAGAGACAUGACGAGGUGCAGACAAGCUUUUGAUGCAAGUUCAUAUAGUCCCACAUUGUCGCUUGAGCAGCAGAGAUAGGUUAGAUUUUCUAGAGGUACACCCUUAAGUUUUGGGAUUUUUAUUAGUCAAUUAGAGUCUACUAUAGGCACUUCCUCAACUUUUCGUUUUUUUCUUUUGGCUAUUCAAUCUGAUUUUCCCCUCCCACUUCAAAAUUGUCCAUGAAAAGCUCUGUUUACUAUAAAAUAGUAAGAUGGAUAUGGUAAAGGGGAUUGGCCUAUUUGAUAUUCUAAUGUGUAUCAUACAUGUCUGCUGGAUGCUAGAGCUGUUUUUUUAUUUUUAUUAAAGCUAAUAAUGGUCUAGCGUGGGCAUUUUCAAGAUGAUACCUUCAUUAUUCUUUUUAUUUUUUUGUUUUCAUUUGAUAUGGACCAAUACUUGGCAGUUAUGGGCCUGCUGGCCCAGCAAAGAUGUGAGUGAUGUCGGUUAAACAUGAGAGCUUCGCUUCGACGUUGUCUUGCUGAACUUGCUCUGAGAAUCUGAGAUAUCGCACUGAAUGUAGUGCACGUUGCAUAACAUUUUAUUUCAAUAAAUUAAACUUAGACUAUGCAUGGA